AUGGGAAAAGGAUCCUGCUACUGUGGUAAAAUCACUUUUGCCUAUGAGGGAGAACCAAUCAACAAGGCAAUCUGCCACUGCACCGACUGCCGCAAAAUCUCCGGCUCAGCCUACAGCACCAACAUCAUAGUUCCCACCUCUGCAUUCUCCCUCCUCACCGGCGAACCCAANAAGUACUCUGCAAAAGCAGACUCUGGACGUACUGUAACAACAGUGUUUUGCGGUGAUUGUGGAAGCAGUUUGUGGCGGGUGGGGGAUAUGAGUGAUGAGCAGGGGAUUAUGGUAAUCAGGGUGGGAGUUUUGGAUGGGGAGGGUGCGAUUGAGGAGGCGAAACCGAAAGCGGAGGUUUAUACUUGUGAGAGGGCUGGGUGGACGGGGGAGGUAAAGGGGGCGGAGCAGUUUGAGAAGUUCUUUUAG